CUUUGACGGCUGAGAACGCCGUCAGUAGCCGGUUUGCGAGUCGCUUCAGUGGAGCCGGUCAGACGACUGUUAACAGGCGGUUUCGUAGCGCGGGAAGCGAGCCCUCCCCCCUCAAAGAUCGUCGGGUCGCCUCAGAACGUCGCUUUCGCGUUCCACACGGUAUUGUGACACGGAGAAUCCCCCCGCGGGGAAUAUGGCGAGUGUCAGAAAUGGAAUCGGAGGGCCGAGCGGCGGCGAGGAGGAAAACUUUGAAGAUGCCUUUGAACACAUCCCAGUGGCUGCAAAAAUGGACCUUAAAUGUGCUUUGGAAGAGUGUUCAGUGGCAAUAAAUUUAUUUCUUAACAAUAAAUUUUCAGAAGCUUUGGAAUUACUUCGACCAUGGUCUAAAGAUAGCAUGUACCAUGCCGUAGGUUAUAGCGCUAUAUUAUUUAUGCAAGCAACAAUGACGUUUGAACAACAGGAUAUCCAAAUGGGACUGUGUACAAUUAAAGAAGCUUUACAAACUUGUCAAAAGUUUAGAAAAAGAAACACAAUGGUGGAAUCAUUAUCCAGUUUGGUUUCAAAACAGUCUGUAGAUCAGCUGAGUGAAGAGGAAAUGCAUGCAGAACUCUGUUAUGCUGAAUGUUUACUGCAGAAAGCAGUCCUGACAUUUGUACAGGAUGAAAAUAUGAUCAAUUUCAUCAAAGGUGGCUUGAAAAUCAGAACAAGUUAUCAAAUAUAUAAGUACGCUCCUAAAGAGUUUGGUCUUCAUCAGUUACGGGAAGGAGCUUCUGGUCCCAGUUUACGAGCAAUAAUGUGUACUUUUACCUUGCUGCUAUAUCAUACCUAUGUUUCAUUAAUCCUUGGAACAGGGGAAGCCAAUCUCAUUGAAGCAGAGGCUCUCCUUCAACCUUAUCUUCAGAAGUUCUCGAAGGGUGCCCUCUUUCUGUUUUACGAUGCCAGAAUCAACAUAUUGAAAGGAAAUUUUGAAAAGGGUGAGAUAACAUUCCUGGAGUGCAUUGCUGCUCAGCAAGAGUUGAAACAGAUCCAUCAUCUCUGCUACUGGGAACUGAUGUGGUGUUACUCCUUCCAGCAGAACUGGCUUCAAGCAUAUCGGUAUGCAGAUCUGCUUUGCAAAGAAAGCAGGUGGUCAAAGGCAAUAUAUGUAUUCCAGAAAGCUGCCAUUUUGCUUAUGCUUCCUGAUGCUGAUGUGAAAACAACAGGAGAAGAUAUUGUAGCUUUGUUUCGGCAAGUAGAAGGCUUAAAGCAAAGAAUUGCAGGAAAAUCUAUCCCAACUGAAAAGUUUGCUGUGAGGAAAGCACGACGCUAUGGGACCUCUCCUCCUGUGAAACUAAUAGUGCCUGCUCUGGAAAUGAUGUAUGUCUGGAGUGGGUUUUCAGUUCUUGGAAAGAGAGCUGACUUCACUGAAAAUAUGUUAAUAACUAUUGAAAAAGAAGAAACAAUUUUAAAAAAUGAAACCCAUCACACUGAAUUUUACAUGGAUGAUGUAUGUUUGCUACAACUACUAAAAGGAUUGUGUUUGAAGCAUUUAGGAAGACUCUUGCAAGCAGAACUCUGUUUCAGUCAAGUUAUUCAAAG